AGGCGCACGGCUGGGGAGUCCUCAUGGCGGGCGGCUCAGUCCCAGUACCGAGCGGAGAGGACGUUAUUUGGCGCUGCCGCGAAGGCUCAACUAGGCUCAGCUCCGCCUUUCACAACUUCCGCUGCGUCGGGAAGCCAUGGCGGAAGGAAGAGGGUAUCUCUGAUUGGCUGAAGAGAAAGCGAGGGGCGGGAAGAAAGACCCUUAACCCCGGCCGCUCUCCAUUUUGAUUGGAUACAGGGCCCGAGGCCGACGUGGAUGCAGGGGUGGAAAGUCCUCUCCUUAUUGGCUGCGGGCCGCAGCGUCUCCCCGGAAGGAAGGGAUAGAUGUUGGGCCCAAGCAGACUUGAGCGGCUGCGCGAGCGAAACCCUGGAGACUCCGCGACUGGGCCCCCCUCUGGCAGGGUCACGUGGCAGGCCUGUCUCAGGAACUGUUGGUCUGGGGGCCGUUGGUGAGCGCGCGGGCGCUGGGCGGGGCUGAGCAUGGCGACGGCCCAGGCCCUGGAGAGCCUGCAGGUGGAGGCCAGCUGCUCCAUCUGCCUGGACUACCUGAGUGACCCUGUCACCAUUGACUGUGGCCACAACUUCUGCCGGGGCUGUAUUGCCCGCUGCUGGGAGGAGCUGGAAGGCCACUUCCCUUGCCCUGUCUGCCGCCGGCGCUUCCACCUCCGCUGCUUCCGUACCAACCGCCAGCUGGGCAAUGUGGCUGAGAUCGCCAGGCAGCUCCGUGCCAAGCGCAGCCAGCGCCACCGGCGCCCCCGCCCUGAUACCGCCAGGGCUCUCUGUCACAAGCACCAGCAGGUCCUCAGUCUCUUCUGCGAGAAGGACCAGGAGGCUGUGUGCCUAGCCUGCCGUAUCUCCUGCCACCACCGUGACCAUGCCGUGGGUCCCCUUGACAGGGCCGCCCUGGCCCAUAAGAAGAAGCUGCGUGCCUACCUGGGUCCUCUGAAGAGGCAGGUAGAAGAUGCUCGUAAAUUCCUCUCCAGUGAGCAGAAGAAGCCGGCUGAGCUGAGGGAGAAAGUUGAGAGCCGGCGGCAGAAAAUUGCAUCCGAGUUUGAGAGGCUGCACCAAUUCCUGCAGGAGGAGCAGCAGGCCGUGCUUCGGCGGCUAGAGGAUGAGGAGAAAGAGAUUCUGCAGAGGCUGAGCGAGAACGCUGCCAAGCUUGCCGACCACAGCACCAGCCUCAGUAAGCUCAUCACAGAGAUUGAGGAGAGGUGCCAGCAACCAGCCAUUGACCUACUGAAGGGCAUCAGGAGCACGCUGAAUAGGUGUGAAAAUAUCAGGAUCCCCAAGGCCAUCUCCACUGAACUGAAGAAGGACAGUUGCAGUUUUCCAUUGCAGCACUUUGCCCUGAAGAAAAUGAUAAAGAAAUUCAAAGCAGAUGUGACUCUGGAUCCAAAAACAGCUCAUCCUAAUCUUAUACUGUCCGAAGACCGCAAAAGUGUGAGGUUCGGAGAGGCCAAGCAGGAUCUGCCUGACAAUCCUGAGAGAUUUACUUAUUACCCAUUUGUUCUGGGCUCAGAGGGAUUUGUCUCAGGAAGACAUUACUGGGAGGUGGAGGUGGGAGAUAAGACUCAAUGGACUUUAGGAGUUUGUAGGGACUCUGUGACUAGGAAAGGGAAGAUUACACCAUCACCUGAGGAUGGAUAUUGGAGACUCAGGCUGUGGAAUAAAGAUGUUUACACAGCUCUUACUUCCAGUCCCACACCCCUACUGUUGAGAGUGAAGCCUAAACGGAUUGGGAUUUUCCUGGAUUAUGAACUGGGAGAGAUUUCAUUUUACAAUCUGAAUGACCAUUCUCACAUCUACACUUUCACUGAAACUUUUACAGAGAAACUCCGCCCUUUUUUCUAUCCCGGAGUCCAUACAACUCCUCUGAUAAUCCGACCAGUUACAGAUUGGGAAUAAUGAAAUCAAGACAUUAAAAUAAAAUACAUUUAGAAAACCAGGAUUUUUUUAAAGUGGUCAUCUUCACUUCUAGUAAUGGACUGAAGACCUGGUGGUUUAAGGCCAGAAGGGACCAUCAGAUCAUCCAGGCUGAGUUCCUGUAUAUCCUAGGCCACCAGCUCCACCCAGUACCCACACAUUGAACUAAAAAAAACGAGAGUUCAAAACCAUUAGAACAGUUGUGGACCUUCUCACAGUAAUUUCUUUCUACAAACCGAAGGCAUAUUUUCUUUUAACUAAUGGAAGAAUUGGCUUGUUAGCUCCGGUAGAUAUCCCAUUCUUCUCCAGAGUAGAAGGGAGAGCCCAGGUUAUCAAGGAGUAAACUGAUACAAGAUGACAUUGUUUGAAAGUUUUAUAAACAACACGGAUGUAUAGAAAGUUACAUGCGCUUAUGCUAUUAUGGCUUUUUUGUUAGUGGAAUGGUAUAUGUUAACUUUUGCUGGGAGUGCAAACUGCAGUUAAAGUUGUAUUUAGGCUUCCAGUAUAAGUUCUUGUUUUCAAAUAUUCAUGAUUUUUUGUGUAAAAUUCAGGAAAAUCUGUCAAUUUGUUUUUUAAUUUAUGAGAGUUUGGGGAUAAAAUGACUGUUUUCUACCCUAAAACAUGGUAUUAGUUUUGGGUGAUUGUAAAAUGGUAUAAUGGGUUUUCAUGUGUUUUACUAAUUCUAGACCAAAUUUGCUCAGUUUAGAAGUUAAUAAGAUGGGGUUUUUUUAAAUUGUCAGUCCUGCAAACUCAAUCUCUGGGCACUGACAAUCAAUCUGGGUUCUCUCUUGUUUAGGCAUAAUCAAUAAAGAUUCUUCAGAUUAAAUUAUAAUCUUAUUACAGAUCCAGUUCAGUUAUCUUUAGGUGGUUUGUAUACAUAUGUAACUGAAGGCAGAAUUUGUCCCUCCAAGUGAAAUUUUAAUAAAACUGUUUCACCACAA